CCGGCUGCUGCGUUCAUGUUUAGAACGCGUGGAUGGCACCGAGGCGGCCUCUGGGAGCGCUCGGAAGGCCCGGACGAGCUGGCGGCAGGCGCUCCUUGCUCAUCCGGCCGGGACAUGGAAGGGGGCCCGACGGGGUCUUGGGGUGAAAAUAUACUGGAUUAUUUUUUGAAUGCUAAGCAAAUUAAAACAAGAGAUGGAGCUGAAAUCAUCUGGUAUCAUAGAGCAAAUAGUAAGAUACAAAUGGCAGAAGCAAUAAAGAGUGCUGCUCACAUGAUAGAAGCAGAUGUCCUUCUUUGUGAAGGAGGAGGGAGCGGUGAACCAAUCAUGGCUCAUCCACCAGAAACAAGAAGUGAUAACACUUUGAAGGAGUGGCUAAAUGAAAUUAAAAACACUAACAAAGGCAUCAAACUUGACUUUAAAAGCCUGGCAGCUGUGCAAGCAUCAGUGGGACUUCUUGGAAAUAUAAAACUCAGGCAACCUGUUUGGAUUAAUGCAGAUAUUCUUCCUGGACCAAAUGGAAGUGACUAUGUAGUAGAGCCAAAGGGGUUUCUAGACACAGUGACAUCAUUUUUUCCAGAUGCAACCUUAUCGUUGGGAUGGACAACUGGAUGGAUUAGUUUAAAAUGCAAUAAAGGCUAUAGUUCAGAAAUAGUACAGGAGAUGGAAGCAAUAUGUAAACAUCUCACUCAGCCAGUGACAUUUCCUGUAAGAGCUGCUUUGGUACGCCAGUCAGUUUCUGAACUGCAGUGGUUGCUACAACAGUCCAACAGAUACACUCUGACCAUUUGGACAGGAAAACAUGAUGAUUAUUCUGUAGAAGACCUUCUGUUCAUCAGAGACAGCUUUGAUAAAAGUAGAGUUUUUUAUGAUAUAUUAGAACCACAAAAUUCUGAAUUCAGAAAGGCCAUCGGAAUGUAAAUCGCAGCAGCAUCAUAAUAUUUGCCAGUGGAAAGCAUAAUGGCUUGGCUCCAGCUCUCUUUCCAUAAAUAAGACACAGUUCCUAUAAAUAGAAUGAAAUGUUGAUUAUUCCUACUGAAAAUACCUCUAUGAUCCUCCCAAAUAUGCUUCUGUUAGUUGGGAGAUCCUUAAGAAUAGUUUUGGGAUGUCUUUUAGAGAAAGGGAUCUGAAUGGAUAUUUUUGCCAGGAUAGUGUCUCUUAUGCAUCAAUAAAGGCACAACUUAGAAACCAAGAUAUGUGUUUUAAAAAAGAAAAUAUUUGACCAGAGUGGAAUUAUUGAAAAAGUAUUAUUAUAUUUA